UUUUUGUGCAAAUUUAGUAAAUUUUCAACCCUCAAAAUGUUGUAUUUAGAAGAUUAUUUGGAGAUGAUCGAGAAUCUCCCGAUGGAAAUGAGAGAAAGAUUGACAGAGAUGAGAGAAAUUGAUCUUCAAGUUCAAAAUUCACUAGAUAGUUUAGAUGAGAGAGUAAAAGCUUUCUUUAAGAAAUGUCUUCAAUCUAGUCAAAAGAACGACAAUAGAGAUGAUACCUUUAAAGAGAUUAAAGAGGCCUAUUAUAAAACAUUAGAAGAUGCAGAUGAGAAGGUUCAAUUAGCUAAUCAUAUUCAUGACUUGGUGGAUCGGCAUCUGAGGAAGCUGGAUCAGGAAUUAUCGAAGUUUAAAAUGGAACUAGAGGCUGAUAAUGCUGGUAUUACAGAAGUAUUAGAAAAACGAUCCUUAGAAUUAGAUAAACCACAACAAAUGAAUAAUUCUUUACGUUCUGAAAGAAAACGAGUUGCUCAACCACCAAUCAACAACCAUCUAGAUAAACGAUCUACCACGGAAGUCUUGUCAAACCUAGCUCGUGAUGCAGCAAGGGAGACAAUUCGUCAAACGUCUGCUUCCAACUCUCCUUCAGUCUCUAUGUUUAAUUCUAAUCCCAAUCCUUCUUUAUCUUAUAAUUUAGGCCAUAUUGGAGCUGGUAGUAAUGCAGCCAUUGCAGCUGCAGCUUCACAAGCUAUAGCAGAAACACAACAGAUGCAGUUAGGUAGAAGAACAUCAAGUAUGAAAGCAAGUUAUGAUUUAAUGUCUAGGAAUCAGACUCCAGUUUUAACCAAGGAUCUCAGUUCUAAUAGCAAUUAUAAUACACCUACACCCUCUCCUAGUCCUGCUGAACCUACUUCUAGAUCUAACAGAACUAAAAAACAAACGUCAAAAGCAGCAGCAUUAGCCUUAGCAGCACAAACAAACACCACUACAGCAGCACCCCCUGCCCCUCCUGUGGUCGUGCCUGACCCCCCAGCACCAGUAGGGCAGACAGAAGAUACCAAUCAAGAACUUCAAGUGGUUGAUACAUGGCAGAGUGAUCCUAAUGAACCACGAUAUUGUCUGUGUAAUGAAGUAUCAUAUGGUGAUAUGGUUGGCUGUGAUAAUGAUGAUUGUCCUAUUGAAUGGUUUCAUUAUGGUUGUGUUGGGUUGCUUCAAGCACCUAAAGGAAAAUGGUAUUGUCCUCAAUGUGUGGCGGCCAUGAAACGUCGGGGAAGACGCUAAAUAUUUAUUGGUGUGUGUGAUUAGAGUGAAUGUUGGUGACCAGUCCAGUAUACUUUAUUGUAGUUUCAAAUGCAAUUGUUAUGCUGUUUUGAGUUGAUUAUUGUCAUACUAAUACAAUAAAUUGAAACAAGUCCUGGAUUGGUGAUGUUGAUAUCAAAUUUUCUGCUUGGUAUUUGUUAACUGUAGGUUCAUUCAUAUCAGCUUUGGUGCAUGAAAGCAAAAAACCUAAAUGGCAUAUUCUCAAGAAUAUUCUCAUGAUAUUCUCAUGAUCUUGCCAAUUUAAGAUCUGGAUACAGUCUUUUAGAAGACAAGAGAUAUAUAUGUGUGCAAAACACUUUAAUGUAAAUUUGUGUGAAUGUAAGAAAUUUUGUUGUUGUUCGUUAAAAUUAAAUUAUAUUUUUCU